AUGGGUUGUUUCUCUAGUAAAUACCACAUUAUUAUCUUCAUUUUGAUGUUCAUAUCAGCUUACCAUGAUCGAAUAAUAACUGCACAAGCUCAAAGAGGUAAUCCAUUUUAUUUAGCGAGGAAAGUUUGUCUAGGUACGAAUUACACGGCCAACAGUACAUACCGAACAGAUCUCAAUCUGUUGCUCUCUUCUCUCUCAACUACAUUCACAAAUAACAACACAAUCCCUCGGUAUGGUUACCGUAAUAUUACAAUAGGAGCAAACCCGGAUACUAUUUACGGGUCAUUACACUGUCGAGAGGAUAUACCACCGGCUAUAUGUUCAGAAUGUGCUCAACUUGCAACUGAGACAGUUAUGCUAGUAUGUCCAAAUACGAAAACGGCUAUUAUGUUCUACGAUGGAUGUGUUUUGAGGUAUUCAAAUGAGAAUUACUUCUCAAGGUUGAGUAGAGAACCAUCCAGAAUUUUAUUGGGUCCAGUUCAAAACAAAGUAAACCAAAGCCAAUUUGUAGACUUAGUAACUGGAUUACUGGAAGAUUUAGUGGUGGAAGCUGUUAAUAAUAGUUCCAUCAGUCCUUCUUUAUAUGCUACGCGUUCAGCAAAUUACACAAGAUUUGAUUACGUUUAUGCAAUGGUUCAGUGUACACCAGAUUUGACACCAAAUUUAUGUAGAAUAUGUCUUAGAUCGGCAAUUGGGAGAUUAUCAACAUGUUGUUCUCAUGUGCGAGGGGCAAGAGUUCUUUUUCCAAGCUGUACUUUCAGAUUUGAGGAUGGGCUUUUUUACGGGAAUUAUAUGCAUGCAACUCCAACUAUUCAAGCAUUACCUCCAACUCUUCAACCCCCGUCAAAUACAACUAACUCGAAUCGGACGGAUUCAUCAAAGCUAGUUAUUAGCAUCGCCAUUCCAUUGGUAAUUGCAGUACUACUAUCCUCCAUUGCUGUUUGGUGGUUCUGUUUCCAUAAGAGAAAGAAGAUGGAUACCAAAUAUUUUGCACCAGAGAUGGACCAAGAUAUUCAAAGUGCAGAAUCAUUACAGUUCAAUUUCAAUAUGGUAUGUGAUGCAACUAAUAACUUUGCUGAGGCUAAUAAGCUUGGAGAAGGUGGAUUUGGCCCUGUUUACAAGGGUAUACUAAGUGAUGGACAAGAAAUUGCUGUGAAAAGACUUUCCAAAAGUUCAGGUCAAGGUGACGAGGAAUUUAAGAAUGAAGUCUUAUUAUUGGCUAAACUUCAGCAUAGAAAUCUUGUAAGACUAUUAGGUUUUUGUUUACAUGAACAAGAGAAACUACUCGUGUACGAGUUGAUGAACGCCAGUCUUGAUCAUUUCAUAUUCGAUACUGUGAACCGGACGUAUAUUCUGGACUGGGAAAUACGAUACAAGAUUGUUGGAGGAAUUGCUAGAGGCCUCCUUUAUCUUCAUGAGGAUUCUAGAGUCAGGAUUAUUCAUCGAGAUCUCAAAGCUAGCAAUAUAUUAUUAGCGGAAAAUAUGACUCCAAAAAUUUCAGAUUUUGGCUUGGCCAGGCUCUUUGUGGUAGAUCAAACUCAAGCUGAUACAGUGAGAAUCGUCGGAACAUAUGGAUAUAUGGCUCCAGAGUAUGCAAUCCACGGGCGUUUCUCUGUAAAAUCAGACGUUUUCAGUUUUGGUGUCUUAGUUCUCGAGAUUCUUAGCGGAAAGAAGAACACUUCAUUUUAUGAAUCCGUAGCAGGUGGUGCACAAGAUCUUCUGAAUUAUGCAUGGAGACAUUGGGAAGAUGGUUCAGGCAUGGAACUAUUAGAUCCAAGUUUACAAGAGAAUUGUUCGAGAAAUGAAUUUAUGAGAUGUGUCCACAUUGCCCUACUAUGUGUUCAAGACAGUAUUGCAGAUAGACCAACAAUGGCCUCGGUUAUUCUAAUGCUUAGUAGCAACUCAAUGACUCUCCAGUUACCUACACGACCAUCAUAUUUUGUUUCAGAUCAAGCAGUAGAAGAGGUAUGGAGUGUAAAUGAGGCAUCCGUCAAUGUUGACAGGAUCACAUAUUCAGUUUUACCUCGUGAUAAUGGUGUAGGGGAGGGAAGUUGGGCAGGGCUUUGCUUCAAUCCAAGCCAAUGGUCCAUGGCAGCUGUUUCCCGUAGCUUCUGCAAAAGUGUUGAUGUUUAUGACCAAGAUAUCCACCUAAGGAGUUUCUCCCCAUGCUUAGUUAUUAGAAUGGUUAUAUUUCAGCAUGAACAAAUGAGACAAGUCUCAGCCAGAUUGAAACAGUCAAUUUUGCUGGAUCUUCGAGACCUCGUACUUUAUAUUGUGCAACAGAGUUAUACUUACAUUCACCGGCUCGGGACUGACCUUCAUAUCCUCAUUGUUAUAGAGGAGGAACCUGCUAUAGUAGUGUUAGAAGAGUCGAACUGGUUUGAGAAGCUUCCUGCUCCCUAG